AUGGCUCUGUUAAGGAAAAUUAAUCAGAUCUUAUUAUUCCUACUUGUUUUGACCAUCUGUGUCAUUCUGUAUAAUAAAGUUCACAAGGUGCCAUCUACAUUAAAUAAUGAAACAAUUGAUUUGGAGAGUCCUGAGGAAAUGGAAGAAGAAAUUCCAGUGGUGAUAUGUGCUGCUGCGGGUAGAAUGGGUGCAGCGGUAGCAGCAAUCAGUAGCAUCUACAGCAACACCGAUGCUAAUGUUUUGUUCUACAUAGUUGGCCUAAAGAACACAAUUCCACAUAUCAGAAAAUGGAUUGAAAAUUCCAAACUGAAAGAAAUAAAGUAUAAAACUGUGGAGUUCAACCCUAUGGUACUAAAAGGAAAAAUAAGACCAGAUGCAUCACGCCCUGAGUUACUCCAGCCUCUGAACUUCGUUCGAUAUUAUCUCCCCCUGCUUAUCCACAAACAUGAGAAAGUCAUAUAUUUGGAUGAUGAUGUGAUUGUGCAAGGUGACAUCCAGGAACUGUACGACACAAAGCUAGCUCCAGGCCAUGCUGCAGCUUUUUCAGACGACUGUGAUUUGCCUUCUACUCAUGAAAUGGUGAGAAGUGUAGGAAUGCAGAACACAUACAUGGGAUAUCUGGACUACCGGAAGCAAACAAUUAGAGAUCUUGGCAUCAGCCCCAGUACCUGCUCCUUUAAUCCUGGUGUAAUUGUGGCUAAUAUGACAGAAUGGAAGCACCAGCGGAUUACAAAGCAAUUAGAAAAAUGGAUGCAAAGAAAUGUAGAAGAAAACCUCUACAGCAGCACCCUUGGGGGAGGUGUGGCCACCUCUCCAAUGCUCAUUGUAUUCCAUGGAAAAUAUUCUACUAUUAAUCCCUUGUGGCAUGUCCGACAUCUUGGGUGGAGUCCCGAUGCCAGGUAUUCAGAGCAUUUUCUUCAAGAAGCUAAAUUACUUCAUUGGAAUGGAAGGUAUAAACCUUGGGAUUACCCUAGUGUUCAUAAUGACCUAUGGGAAAACUGGUUUAUCCCUGACCCAUCAGGGAAGUUUAAAAUGAUUCGUCCCAAUAGCUGA